AUGAAGUUACGGAAAUAUGUACGAUUGUCCUUAUUUUCAAUUACAUUUGCGCUUAUAAUCUUUUUUAUUUCCGAAAAGUUUACAGGUUUAAGUAAAUGGUAUGAAGUAUUUUCAUUGAAUAUUGUAUUGGAUAAAGAUGAAACUUUCCAAAAUAAACUCAAAUUUUUGGUGGAGGGAAAGUUGAAAAAUGAUGAUAAGAAUUCAUUAUGGGAAAUUAAUCCAAAACUUAAGGGAAGGGUUCCUACCUCGGUUAAAAUACCGUAUUAUUAUGCCUUUGAAGAACAAAAUUCGAUGACCAAACCAAUGCCACCAGUGCAACCAUUUGACCCAAGAUUCACCUUGGGGAUCUAUUUAACCCACUAUUUAAAGAAUUUAUUCACCGAUAAGAAGAAAAAAUAUCCAUUCCAUUGGUCAGAUUGGGUUGAUUUAGAUGUAAUUAAUAAGGAUUUCUUAAUUCCGAAACAGGGUAAAACUUGUGAACAACUAUUCAAAAUCCAUGAUGAAAAGGCAACCAGUGGUUCUAGUAUUCAAGAUAUUUCCUCAUAUUGUAGAGAAGAUUCAGAUUCUCAAUUUGGAUUCCAUAUCGAAUCCCCAAUUGGUCAACAUUUCCCAGAAUUACAUAUCUUGGCGGGCCAAGAGUAUUUAUAUUCCAAGGCUGAUGUUCCAUAUAAUUUAGUGUUUUUAACGGAAAAGGGCAGUGAGAUAAUUCCUGUGACUAAAUCUGAAAAGACUUUUUUAAAUAAUGGGUUAAUUAAAGAUGUUGUAGAUUUGGGAUAUAAACAAGUUGAUAUCCUUGAUUUAUAUAAGGGGCUCACCAGGAGAAGUAGAGAGAAAACCUACAGAAAAGAUAAGAGAGAGGAUGAACAGAAGGAGGAGGUGGAAGAAGAAGAUAAGACAGAUGAAGUUAAAGAUGAUCAAACUUCAUCUAAAGAUUCUAAUUAUUCAUUCCCUUAUAAGAAAAAUCUUACAAAAUCAUCAUUUAUUAGUAAUCCAAAUGAUAUUAUUAAAAGAUUAGAAUCUGAAAAAUCGUUAUCUGGUCAACAAGAAGGUUUUUUAAACUCUUUAAAACAUUCAAUUAACAAUAAUGAACCAACUAAAUAUUUUUCUGAAGUACGUUUAUUAAAUUCGCAUCCAAAUUCAUUGAAAGGAUUCCAUUAUGAUUGGAGAUUUUUCAAAGGAAUUGAACCAGAUGAAAAUAAACUUCUGUUACAAUUACAUGAACUUGCCAGAACUUGGCAUAAGUUUACUCAAGUACAUGGGUUUUCCUCAUGGUUGGCCCAUGGCUCGUUGUUAGCAUGGUAUUGGAAUGGUGCCUCAUUCCCAUGGGAUAAUGAUUUAGACGUACAAAUGCCAAUUGCAGACUUGUAUGACUUGUCUGAACGAUUCAAUCAAAGUUUAAUUGUUGAAAAUAUUGCAGAUACAAACGGUCAAUUUAGAGGGGUUGGAAGAUACCUUAUAGAUGUUGGAACAAGUAUUACGUUUCGAGAAAAGGGGAAUGGUUUAAACAAUAUCGAUGCAAGAUUUAUUGAUAUUGAUACUGGAGUAUUCCUUGAUAUAACUGGACUUGCUCAUACCAAUACUGAAAAACCAGCAAGAUAUAAACAACAAAUUGAUUUUAAAGAUGAAGAAAUUUAUAAUUGUCGUAAUAAUCAUUUUGUUUCAUUCAAUGAAAUUAAUCCAUUGAUCAAGACAUUACAUGAAAAUAUCCCAACAUAUAUUCCAAAUCGAUUUGAAAUGAUUUUAAAUACUGAAUAUGGAUUAAAAUCCAUAUCUGAGAUCAAUUUUAGUAAUUAUUACUAUUUGAAAAGUUUAAGAAUAUGGGUGGAAACUCAAGUAAUUUUAGAUUAUCUUAGUUCAAGAAUGACAUAUCUUGGGAAUCAUGGAGUUCAUUUUGAUGAGGAAGACAGUUCAAUUAAAAGAAAGAGAUUAAUUGGAGUGUUUGAAAAAAUUGAAGUUAAUAGAUUGACAGUGGAUCAAUAUCUAGAUCUUCUUGUUAACGAUAGGUUUCUAGUACAAUAUUUGAGUGGUCAUAAAAUUGCACAAUUACAUGACAUAGAGCUUGAUUAUUUACUAUCUGGAGAGUAUGAAUUGGCUGAGAAAUUGAUUUCUCAAGGUGGUGAAAAGCACCCACUUAGAAAGGAUACAUUUCUGUAUAAAUACUUUGUAGAGAAUUGGAGAUGGGAUAGAACCAUAAGAGCUGGUGCAGAAAUCAUUGGUACAUUCAAAGAUGGGAAAUCUGAGAUUCCAAAAAAAUCAUAUCCAAAGGUAGAUAAAUAG